GCAGCGUGCAGAGCCACAGCUUCACUCCUCCACCGCCAUGGCCUUCGCAACACUGCUCCCUGCGCUGGUGCUGAUCCUCAACACGGGAGGUUUGCUGGGGGCUGAGGUGAGGAGCUCCAUCAUCGGGGGGCAGGAUGCUCAGAAGGGCAGCUGGCCCAGUAUGGUGCACCUGAACCUUACAACGGAUGGCGUCUAUAAGUGGCGCUGUGGCGCAACCAUCGUCAGCGAGGAUUGGUUGAUGACUUCAGCAAGCUGCGUGCAAAGAGACCCUGCACCUGACUGGAGGAGAUCAAUGGCUUGGGUCAACGCACACACCCUGCAAAAGGGUGAAGCCCGUUUCAUGGAGCUAACUACUGCCCUCGUUCACUCUAAGUACCAGGCAAAUAACUACGCCCAUGACAUCGCCCUUGUAAAGCUGAAGAAAAAGGUGGAUUUCAAAAAAAUGGGUGCCAAAGUGAAGCUGCCCAGCGCUGCCGACAACUUCGGUCCAUCAUCUGAGUGUUGGAUCACUGGCUGGGGGAACGUUGGGAUCAAUGUUCCACUGCCGUAUCCAGAAACCCUUCAGGAGCUGAAGAUUCCCAUCCUCCCUAACAGUGUGUGUGAUGCCAAGUAUCCUGACCUGGCUGCUGACACGCUGUGUGUAGGGGACAUGGCUGGAGGGAAGGACGCGUGCCCAGGGGAUUAUGGCGGCCCGCUGAUGUGCCGCGCAAAGGGGGGCUUCGUGCAGGUGGGCAUCAUGAGUCAUGGGACUUGUGGUCUCCCAGACAAACCUGGCGUCUACACCCAAGUGUCCAAGCACCUGGACUUCAUCAACGAUUACGUCCACAGGGAGGAAGCCUCCGCUGAGGAGUAAAAUUGCAACUCUUUCUAAAAGCAUUCUUCUCUUCUGUGUUGUUACUGUCAGACCCUGUCUUCACUUGACAUGCACUCUGGUUUGUUCAACUCAAUUCUUUGCAUUAAAGCUUUAAAGCAUCAA